AUGAGCAGGAACGAGGAACGUCGUCCCGCGAGAAGGAAUGUUCCUGAUCAUGGCGAGAACUUUGUCCCUGGAGCCGAAUCGGCUCCCACCAACACUGCUCCUCAAAUCUUGGAUCACUUCAAGCGAGGUUAUCGUGAACGGGCUCACUUGCGGGAUCGCGAUACUUCUUCGUUGCACGAAGACUUUCGACGUUCGGGCCGCGGGUCGCAAGGAAACUCUGAUCGCUUUCAACCACGGCAUUCUGGAGGUCGUCACGGUGGACGUGGUGGUCACCACAAUUCGCGUGGAGGUGGGUUCUAUGAACGGAAGUCAUCUGGUAGGGACCGUGGCGAUGACCGACGGGGUCAGAUAAUCAUGGGUUUGGAUGUACAAGCUCUCGUUGAUCGUCUCUGCCGAAACAGCAACGAGAUCUUUAAGGAACUUGAUGCUGCCCGAGAGGAGAACAUGGCAGUAUUUCAAUCUGGAAAAGCCAUCACAGGAAUUAUUUCCAACUUUGCACGUCGUCGCAAUCUUAGGUUGGCACUGACCGUCUGGGACUGGAUCGACUCUGUGGGAAUCCAGAGGAAUACUUUUCAUUACAACUCUUUGAUUUCGGUUUGUGAAAAAGUUAGAGACUACCGCAAAGCCUUGCAGCUUCUCAACGAGAUGAAAGCGAAGAAUGUCGCAAAGAACGAAGUAACAUUCUCCUCUGCCAUUUCAGCAUGCGAAAAGUGUGGACAAUGGAGAACUGCUCUUGAUUUGUUGGAGCAAAUGAAAAAGGAAGGGCAAGGAAAAACUGCCAUUGCUUACAACGCGGCAAUCAGUGCAUGUGAGAAGGGAUUGGUGCCACACAAAGCUCUCGAGAUCUUUGAGCAAAUGAAACGGGAGGGUGUGAAACCUACUGUCGUUACUUAUUCUGCAUUGAUCAGCGCCGCAGAGAAAGGCCAGCAAUGGAAACUGGCCUUGGAAGUCCUGGAAGAAAUGAAAGCUGCUGGUCAUGGUGCCAAUGUUAUCGCGUACUCCGCCGCUAUUUCUGCUCUUUCCAAAGGACAGAUGUGGCACAAGGCGCUUGAACUGUUUCGAGAAAUCGAAGCGUCUGGAGGGAAGCCAAGCAUCGUGACUUACAAUGCCACAAUCACAGCCCUGGAAAAGGGACUGCAAUGGGAGCGUGCCUUGGACUUGUUCGAUGAAAUGAAACUUAAAAAUAUGCCAAUCACUGUUGUGAGCUACGGAAGCGCGAUUAGUGCGUGCGAGAAGGGCCUUCAAUAUAGACAGUGUCUCGAAUAUCUAGACGAGAUGACACAAAUGGGAAUAAAGAAGAAUGUGAUCAUCUUUGGUGCGGCGAUGUCCUGCAUGGAGAAGAGCUGUCGUGCAGACAUCGCCUUCCAACUCAUGGAACGAAUGAAACACGAAGAUGUUACACCAAAUGUCCACAUUUACAACAGUGCAAUUAGUGCAUGCGCUCGUUGCAAUCUGUGGGAAAAGGGAUACGAACUCUUCCAGGAAAUGGACAAGGUUGGUGUCAAGAGAGAUGUCGUUACAUACAAUGCUGUUCUCGAUGCUGUAUCCUCGCAAAUUGCGCUUGGUCGUGGACUUUUCAAAGAAGGAGUGGAAAAGGGGUUCUACGCUCGCGUCUCUCGCUUGGGUAAAGAAUGGUUGGAGCUUGACCUUCACUUUUUGUCUUUAGGUGGUGGAGAGAUUGCUCUUGGAUGGUGGUUUGAAGACUGUCUUGUUCCAUACCUCAUCAACACGUCGCGCCUGGAAGCUGUGCAGAGUAUUUCCAUUGUCACCGGAUAUGGAAAAACGCGUUCACGAGGAGCUCGUGUGAACGACGACGGAAUGCGACUUCGUGUGAAAGCCAUGCUGCAGUUCAUGAACAUCGAAGAGACUCCUCAGCCGAACAAAGGGAGGAUCCAUAUCAACAAAGCAGCUCUUGUUUCCGAGGUCAGAAAAAACGACGGGAAGAUUAACUUUGACUUGGAGGGAUACAUUCGAUGGAAAGAAAAAGAGACCACCGCCAACAAGUUUCCAGACGUUCCUCAGCAAGUACGUGCUAGAUUCAGGCCGGCACAGCCCAACGAAGGGCCUCCUGGAACCUUUGUGCGUGAAGUAAGUGCCGAGGUUAACGUGGGUCUUGAUCAUCUCGAGUUCAAUCGAGCGGACUUGAAGAGAGAAAAUGAAUCUUUCGCUCCUGAGCGCCGAGACAGUCGAAGAGGUCCAGGAUUUGAUGACAGAAAUGGAAAUGGUCACCAUCGAUCCAAUGAUGGGUGGUCUCAAGGUCGAGGUGGCAGCUACAGUGAUCGUCAGGAUGAUGGUCGUUUAGGACAUGGUAAAGACAAUAGGGACAGUGGUGGCCACGCUGAUCAUCGCGUGGGAGGUGUGGAUCAACCACCUCGUCGUUCUGGGUACGGUGAGCCACCAAAGAGAAGUUACGGAGAAAGGAAUUCUUACGAUGAACCAGCCCAACGUAGAAGCCAUGACGAGCAAGGUAAACGGGGUGGGGGGUUUGAACAGCACUCGAACUACGAGCGUGAUUGGGAUAACAGGAAUGCCCAGGACCGCCGUGGUAGUAGAGAUUACGAUGGUAGAGGAGAUCGGUUUCGUGAAGAGGGUGGUAGAAGGAUCAGUGAUUCCAGAUCAAAUGGAAAUCGAGACUCCAGCAGCCAUUUUGGUGAUAAUAGAAGGGGUGAUGAUGGGGACAACCGCUACGGCGCCGGGCAUAAUGAUAAUAACUCCUCUCAUCAGCGUCACGGUGGUGUAAGAGAAAGGGAUAGACGUACCAGGGACUCUGGUUUUGGAGAUUCUGGCCGACAUGGUGGUGGAAGCAGAUACUCCAAUGAAUUGCGUGACAAUCAUUUCGGCGGAAACCGUGGAGAAGCGUCGACCACCGGUGGACACCGACACAAAGGCAAUGACGAUCAUGACGUGCGCCAAACGAGUAGCAGAGACUUUGAUUCGGACAGGUACCGCGGCGAGGACCAAUCGGAUAGGAAGAAGCGACCAUUUGAGCAUCCGCCGAACAGGGGUUACGAUAUUGAGCCUGCUUUUUCGAAGCGCCGAACUUCAUCCUGA